AUGGAAGAGAUGACGAACCCGACGGCGCAGUCCGAUUCAAUCGGGCUGGCGGCGCUGUCUGCCGGGCUCGCGAGCUGCCUGGCCGAGGAGAACGCGGACAGCAACCUGAUCCUCAGCGUCCUCGGCGCGCGGUCGCGCCGCCAGCUUAGGAAGUUCGUCUCCCGCAUGAAGCAGGACACGCUCAUGGACCAGUCUGGCUCCGGCGGUCCGCGCGUCGCUUUCGCAUGUGGCGUGUGGAGCGACCUCACGUGCCCGCUGAAGGCUGCCUACCGCAGCACCGUCGUGGACAGGCUCAAGGCCGAGGCGAGAAGCGUCGACUUCAUCAACAACCAGGAGGCGGCACGGGGUCAGAUCAACGCGUGGGUCGCGCAGGCCACGAGCAAUCUCAUUGAUUCUGUCUUCGCUCCAGGGUCAAUAACACCGAUUACCCGCGUCGUGCUCGGAAACGCCAUAUACUUCAAGGGCAAGUGGGAUGAGCCCUUCAACAAGAAGUGCACCAGAAAUAAUCCUUUCUACCGGCUGGACGGCAGCAACGUCGACGUGCCCUUCAUGGAGAGCAGCUCGUCCCAAUUCAUCGAUGUGCACAACGGGUUCAAGGUUCUCAAACUUCGGUACCAGAUGGCAAAAGCGCAAGGCCAUGCGGAGAUGUCCUCUGAUCGCAAGAAGCGUAAGAAGGUGUCCUUGGAAUCUGAUGGUCACAAUCAUACACAGUUCUCUAUGUGCAUCUUCCUACCAGAUGCCCUCGACGGCCUGCCGGACCUGAUUGACACAAUAGCAAACCAGCAUGGCUUCCUACACAAGCACCUGCCCAAGAAGAAGGUCAAAGUCAACAAGCUCCAGUUGCCCAGGUUUAAGUUGUCCUUCGAAAGCAGCAUCGUUACCAUUCUAAGCAAGCUGGGGCUUAAAUUGCCUUUCAGUGAUGAAGCCGAUCUAUCUCGCAUGGUAGAGCGCAACAAAUCCAGCUCGCCGUUGGCCGUGGACGAGGUGAUCCACAAGGCAGUCAUCGAGGUAAACGAGGAAGGAACCGAAGCUGCGGCCAUCACCGUGGUACAAAUAGUUGAGCGCUGUGCGAGCUGGCCACGGCCACCUCGUGGAGUGGAUUUUGUAGCUAACCAUCCGUUUGCAUACUUCAUAGUGGAGGAGGCGACCGAUGUAGUUGUCUUCGCAGGGCAUGUCCUAGACCCGUUGAGAGAGAACUAG